GUAACCUGCGGCCAAGGCUUGCAAAUGCGUGGCGUUGAAUGCAAAUCGUCCACCGGCAGACAUAGCGCCAAAUGCGACCCAGUUACGAAGCCCGCAUCCGUGCAGCCAUGCGCGACGGGGGUCUCUUGUGAUAGCGGUGGUACAAUUAUACUCGGCAGCAGCGGGCCACGCGCAGCGUCCGAUGACGGUGAUCUUGACGAGGAGGAGGAUGAGGACGAUGAUGAUUCUGCGGAUGUUGACGAUGUCGACGACGAAGGCGGUGACGAAUCUGGCGAUGCUCGCAAUGAUGAUGAUGCCGGUUUAGUGUCAUAUAACGAUGAGUCCGGACCGCAGUAUGCGCAUCGCUCGAUCAGUCAUUUGCAUCAUGAUGAGCCGCAACAGCCACGCGCCGAGCGCCUAACUAGCGGUGGCGGUGGUGGUUAUGGUUAUCGCAGUAAUUCGGAUCCAGAAACGCAGGUGCCUGCUGGCGAUCCAAGCUUCGUCAAGGACUCCGAGUGGUCACCUUGCAGCGUCACCUGCGGCGAGGGUGUCCGCCGGCGUGUUUUUCGCUGCAAAAUCUUCCUCGAAUACUCACGCACCAUUGCCACCGUCAACGAUUCGCUCUGCGAAGGCAUCAAACCGCACGAUGAAGUUGAGCGUUGCGUCGGCGAACCAUGCAUGUUGCCCUCGCACCCCUAUGAUGAACAAUAUCCACGCGACUCGAUCAAAGUAGGCGUCUCCGAGCCGGGCAAAACGUAUGUGUGGCGCGAACAAGGCUACACCUCGUGCAGCGCUAGCUGUUUGGGUGGCGUUGAGGAGCUCAUCGUAAAUUGCGUGCGUGAGGAUAACGGACGCGUUGUAUCGCCAUUCCUGUGUUCACAUGAUACGAAGCCAGAAGCGCGCGUACGCACUUGCAACGAUCGACCCUGCCCACCACGUUGGAAUUACUCCGACUAUACACCCUGCUCGAAGUCGUGUGGCAUCGGCAUUAAAACGCGCGAAGUGCAAUGCAUACACGAAGUGACGCGCGGCGGUGAGAAUACAAUGGUGGUGCCGAAUAGCAUGUGUCCACAGCCGCCACCAGCCGAUCGCCAGUACUGCAAUGUGCUCGACUGUCCGGUGCGUUGGGAGGUGGGCGAGUGGUCGAAAUGUUCGCACACUUGCGGCUAUGGCAUUAAAGAGCGCAAGGUGGAGUGCAAGCAGAUAAUGGCACAGGAGCAUAAAAUCGAACGGCCUGAAUCGAUGUGUUCCAGCGCUAAGCCGCCAGACAAGAAGCCAUGCAAUGUGAAACCCUGUCCACUUGAGGAUCCGAAGCCAGUUAUACAAGUCAGCAAUACUACACACAUACAACACGAUCCGAAAAAGUCGAAAAUCACACUCAAAGUAGGUGGCGCUGCAGUGGUCUUCUUUGGCACGCAAGUGAAAAUAAAGUGUCCAGUGAAACGUUAUAAUCGCACAAAGAUAAAGUGGAGUAAGGAUCACAAACCGUUGGCGCGUUCAAGGAAGUUUAAAGUGUCAAAGAAAGGCGCUUUGCGUAUAUUGGACAUAACAUUCCGUGAUGCUGGUGUGUAUUCGUGUCAUGCGGGACAUAGUUCGGCGGAGAUCAACAUUGAAGUGAAGGCGAAGCCUGGACAGCAGCCGGAAGAGCUGAAAUUACAGGAAUCAGAGCGUUUGGUUCGUGAACGCGAUGGCACAGAAGCAUUAACUUCUGCCGAUAUGACCACAGUUGGAGAUGCCACGAACAGCUCACAAUCCACACGCCGCAAACAACAAAAUGGGCGUGAACGCAAUCGACGACCCAAAACCGAUGAGGCACAAAAUGUGGACAGCAACAUCAUGGAGAACGAGUCGCAAUUAGUACAACAGGCCAACGAAAGUGGCGGCAGUGAAGCGCCAAAAUCUACAAGCGCCACCAAUGGUGGCAGUCGCACCAGUAUUCUACUAGCGAUGCCAUACUUCCAGGCGCUACUCAGCAAUCUGCAGCACUUGUGGUCUUUACAGAAAUUCGGCAAUUCAAGAGGACAUCACAUGCUAUUCGACAAGGGUCUACAAUUCGGCAUCGAUUUGGAAAAUUUCGAACAGGACGAACCGGCGCGACCACAAAUCGACACUAAAGAUGUACUAGCGUUCACAUCAACAGCUGCAGCAUCAUCAGAACCGUUGGCUAGAUCAUCGCUUACAGCCGUGGUAGACAUGAAUGGCAGCAACAAUGAGUGGCACGCACAGGUAGCAACAGACCGUAUAAGCGCCAUCAUCAGCACAACUACAGCAGCAACAACAACAACAUUUGGCAAGGCAACACAUGAGGCCGACUCACCACAUUCACCGCAUGCCAGAUGGCAGAAGCAGGGUGGCGAGGCCGAGGCCACAGCGGCACCCGGUAAUCAUGUCACGUACGAAUGGCGCAUCAGUGACUGGUCCGAAUGUUCGGAGAAGUGUGGCAUUGCGGGCGGCGCAGGUUUGCGGCGUCGCUCAAUCACUUGUGUACGUUUACGCCAUCACACGCCCACCAACAACGCUUUGGAGUCGCAUGUCGAGGCCGACAUCGAGGUGGUUGACAACGCGUACUGCGCCGAUUAUGGCCUGAGCAUUCCUGACACGUUCGAAGUGUGCGGCCAGGAGGAGUGUGCCCGUUGGCAGGCUGGCGAGUGGACAUUGUGUCAGCGUGCACGUUGCUUCGGUCGCAAUACAGCCAUACAAAAGCGUGAAGUCAAGUGUCGCUAUGCGAAUGGCACAGAGGCAACGGACGCCUGCAGUGUGUCACAGCGUCCCAUUAGUCGACAGGAGUGCUAUAGUGAACGUUGUAAGGGUGUUUGGCGUGUGGAGCCAUGGUCGGAGUGUAAUGCGCAAUGCGGUCGCCAGGGAAUUAAAUACCGCAUUUUACAGUGUGUUUGGUAUGGCACACGACGACCGGCGGGCAAUGCGUGUCGCCAUCAGCCGCGUCCUGCGGUAAUGAAAGUGUGCAAGAGUCCGCCCUGCUAUACGAAGUCUUUUGAUCAAUGCAAGGACACUUCACGAUAUUGCCGCAAUGUACGCUCGAUGGGUUUAUGUCGAUUACAUCGUUACCAAGAGAAAUGUUGUAAAUCUUGCAAAUUCAAUGCUUACUACAAUUAACGACAACUCUAUUAUUGGAAAAAGCUGUAAGCGAUAAAGUUUGCGGCUAUGGCUGUGUGUGAGGUAGAGAUCGGUAAAAAAAAAGAGAACUCGUUGGUGUAGUAGCAAAGCUAAAGCAUCAGGAGUUACAAAAACAAACUCACACAACACCACAAAAAAAUAUAAAAAUGAAAUAAAAAUAAGUCAGCAGCAUUCAUCGCGAAAAUCACGAAAGAGGAAGGAAACGAGUCAGCGUUCGACCACUACAACUACCACAAAACACAAAACACAAAAGUAAGAUAAAGUAAUCAUAAUAAAUAGUGAUAGGAUUAAAGGAGACUUCAUAGCGAUUCGUAAAACCGAAGAGGGGGUCAUUAAUUAAAAAAAAAUACGAAAACCUUGUAUGCAAACCAAAAACUAAUUGAAGCGAAUGGUUUGGCAGCAAUGGCAGACAAGCAAAUUACUACAAAAUAAUCUAUUUAUUAUAAAUAGCAAUAAAUAAAUUGAAUGCAUACAGAGCGCGCAACUAAAUAAAUGAAAGCCAAUUCAAAUGAAACUAACUAAGGACACUUUAUAUGAAUAUACAAAAUAAAACAAAAACAUAUUUACAUAAGUGCAUAAAUACCUUAGUAAUAACAACAAUAAAACAGCAGAACAAAAACGAACAAAUGAACGUAGUGAAAGAGCAAAUAACGCAGCGUAAAUAGGCGAGCAGGCAAGACAACAAAAGACCACAUAUACACAUACACAAAAAGGCAUCUCAUACAUACUACACGCAUAACAACAAAGAAUGCAUAUAUAACUACAUAAUAGAAAAAAUUCUAUACAAAAAGUGAAAAGCAAAUAAAUGAGAUGAAUGCACUUUAAAUUAAAUAUACAGUUAUAUACUAUAUGUAUUAAUGUCAACAUAUACGGUGGCAGGCCACCAAAUAGGGGCGCGACAUUUUAACAAGGUUUGUCUGCUUUUUUCUUUUUAUUUAAUUUUAAUUGCUUUU